CGGCACGGCACGGCACGGCACGGGCAGGGCACGGCACAGACACGGCUCGGCUCGGCACGGCACAGACACAGACACGGGCACAGACACUGGCACGGGAUCGCCCUCUGCUCCUGCUCCGGCCCCAGAGCCCCCCGCACCCUCGGUCUAGGCCAUGUGAGAGCUGAGCUGGGAUGGAGCAUGACUCACACACCCCGUGGGAACUCAAUGGCUCCUUCCAUCAGCCUUCAGCUUUCCUCAUGAUGGGCAUCCCAGGCCUGGAAGCCCUCCACCCCUGGCUCUCCAUCCCUUUCUGUGCGCUGUACCUCACCGCCCUGCUGGGGAACUGCGGGAUCCUGUUCAUCGUCAGGAGGACGCCCAGCCUGCACGAGCCCAUGUACUUCUUCCUGUGCAUGCUGGCGCUGACGGACCUGGGGCUGGCCCUCUGCACCCUGCCCACCACGCUGGGCCUGCUCUGGUUCAACGCGCGCAGGAUCGGCUUCGACGCCUGCCUGGCCCAGAUGUACUUCAUCCACAUCCUGUCCUUCAUGGAGUCCUCCGUGCUGCUGGCCAUGGCCUUCGACCGCUUCGUGGCCAUCUCGCACCCCCUGAGGCACCCGGCCAUCCUGACCAGGAGCACGGUGCUGAAGAUAGGCCUGGCCAUCGUGCUGAGGGGCACGGUGUCGCUGCUGCCCAUCCCCUUCCUGCUCAAGAGGCUGACCUACUGCGGCAGGACGGAGCUGUCCCACUCCUUCUGCUUCCACCCCGACAUCAUGAACCUGGCCUGCGCCGACAUAAAGGUCAAUGUCUUCUACGGCAUGAUCGUUCUCUUAUCCACCGUGGGGAUGGACUUCAUCUUCAUCGUGCUCUCCUACAUCCUCAUCAUCAGGACCGUCGUCAGCCUCACCACCAAGGAGGAGUGUCUGAAGGCCCUCAACACCUGUGUCUCCCACAUCUGCGCCGUGCUCGUGUUCUUCAUCCCCAUGAUCGGCCUGUCCAUGAUCCACCGCUUUGGAAAGAACGUUCCUCCCCUCGUUAACACCUUGGUGGCCUACACCUACCUCACCAUUCCCCCGGCUCUCAACCCCGUUAUCUACAGCAUAAAAUCCACCCACAUCCGCCAGGCUUUGCUCAGGGCGCUCUGCAGGAAGCGGGGCUCUGACUGGUGAACUCCUGCAGCAGUUCUGCCACACAGUGCUGAUGGGCUGGGUCCCCUGCCAGACCUCUGGGGCUGGGUCCUCUGUGAGACCUUUGGGACUGCAUUCCCUGUCAGACCUCUGGGGCUGGGUUCCCUGUCAGACCUCUGGGGCUGGGUUCCCUGUCAGACCUCUGGGGCUGGGUUCCCUGUCCCUCUGGGGCUGGUUCCUUGGUCAGCGCUCUUGGCCUGGUUUCCCAGUCAGAGCUGGUGGACUGGUCUCCUGGUGCUCCAUCCCUGCAGAUGACUGCCAGAGGAAAGACCUGCAGAUCCUCUGGGAUGCUGUCCCCAACCCAGAGCUGUGAACUUUCGUGUUAUGUCCUCCUGGCAUGGUGCUUCCCCCCCUUCCUGCAGACACCCCGAGAUUAAUGACACAUCCAAGCUGAGCACAGAGCAUUUCCCUUUAGGCCCUGCUGAGGGGCCCAGAGCACUCUCAGCCCUUCUGAAAAACCAUCAUCCUUGUGUCCAGAGUGAGAACACAGCUCCUUGUGCAUCUCUUUUGGAUGUCUUUGAGUCUUACCAGCUUGCCCAGUCUAAUUAUUGCCCCGGUCAUUGUUCUGCCUUGAAUGUCAUGUAUGUGCAGCAUCUGCAAUAAAAUCCAUCUAUUCGUUGUGAGAGGUCGUGA